CGCAGCUGGCCUGGUACUGUAUACGGAAUACACAAAACCCGUACGCUGUGUUAACUUAUCACUGCACUGCACAACGUCGGUAAUAAUGUUUUGUGCCAGUAUUCUUUUUGACAACUUUGGAUUAGGCUAGAUCUGUCCUUUUUUGGAGAACGAUUGCUGAUCAAACCAAACCGAGGAAGUUGUCCACAACUACCGGUACUCUUCUUACUUAAAUAAUGUGACCCGAACAAUUGGAAUUAAAAUAUGUUCUGCAAGUUUUCAUCGUUCAAUUAUUCGGAUUUGGGAAUUACGGCAUAGCCAUAGCACGCACAGGCAGGACCGGCAGGGCAGCGUAGCACAGACGAAGAAACCGGGCACUGAGCCUCUGAGGCAGAUUCCGUUCGAUCGUCGGUGUCGAUCACUGCACUUGUAUACGAACAGACACCUACAAACGAUUAAUUAAGAUGGAGUGGCUUAUUAUGGGAGGUGGCUUAAAUGCCACGGCAACCAAUCUUGGUUACCAGGAAGAUUCGAGCUAUGUCAUUACAGAGGAGUGCAAGGAUGUUUUGGAUGUCAUGGUGAACAACAUCUUGCAAGAAAGCAAGGUGAAGUGCCAGGCAAGGCGCAGUGUGGCCAAUAGUCGUCUUGUUCAGAUGGACUUAAUCCCGAUUCUUUGCCACUCAACAGAGGAUCCUGAAGUGUUUGAUGCCAUUGUACGAUUAUUGAUGCACCUGUCGAUGCCGUUAGAGGUUGUCAUGCCAAUCGUCAAGAAGCUAACUAAAGAAGAUUACCAGAAGAGGCAUGAACUACAGAAGAUGCUGGUGACUAUCAAGAAAGAAUUCACCCAACCGACGGUCAUAAACUGCCUGGUCAGCCAAAUGGCACUGAUCAUCGAAGAGGCUGGAACUUAUCCCAUUGACAGAACUAAUGCAGAGACACUUAGUAACUGUUUGACACUGAUCAGGAAUGUACUCUAUGUGAAUUACGAGCGCUAUAAGGUCGGAAGUCUGAAGAAUGACACAAUCAUUGGAAACCUUUUCAAAGCUGAUUUCCAGGAUGUUCUGAAAGAGAUGUGUCGCAGGCCUGAAGGGAACAAAUGGCUGUCAUCACUACUUCAAGUACUGCAUCUUAUGUACAAGGAUACAAAUUCACUCAAAUUGGUGUCAUACCUGAAGCGGAAACAUGAGCAUAAUCUUCGAGUUGAGGAGAGUUCUAAGGCGAUGGACUGCCGUCCAGCCUCACCAUCACAAAGCAGCUUCACCCAAGAGAAAGCAAGCAAUGGCAACCAUACCCCAUCACCUUCUAACGUCUGCGCUAAAGCGUCGGGCAGUGAAGCAUCCAGCACUGAAAAGAAACCUGCCGCUGAACAGAUGGAAACGUCUUCUAAGGAGGACACCAAACAAGUUCCAGAUGCCAACACAACCACGAGCCCUUCUUCACCAUUAUCAUCAACGUCCAGUUCUGAGACCAUUCUAGAACCCCUCUCACCGGUCCUUCCCGGACCAGGUCCAUCUUGCCAGUCCAGGGACACCUCAGGUAGUGAGACGAGUAGUCAAACGCUCUCACGUAGUGGGACCCCCACUGUGGAUAGCAGCGAUGACGGUACUCUACAAGAGGGAGAUAGUUCUGGUCAGAGUGGUAGUUCAGGUUCAUCCGGCUCAUCUACAUCAUCCGAUGGCGAUUCAGAAAAAGGAGGAAUCAAUUCUUUAAAGAGGAUGAACAUGAAAAAAUUAGCACAGCUUGGUCUUGAUUACAUCAAGUAUGGGAUGGACAAUAUCCUAAUACAAUGCAAGGAGGACUUGAAGAACAUGGUAACAAACCAUUAUUUCCUGUGGCAGAUGAAUUUCUUCCUUCCAUUCACAACCCAUCCAGAGGUAGCCUAUACAGAUAUCAAACUCACACUUUCAGCUCCAGUUUUCAGCCAACUUUUAUCAUCAACAUUAAUGACAUGGGAGGAGUAUGUCCAGGCAAGCAACCAACGUAACAAUGAUAGCAAGUCAAACUCAGUCUUCAAAAUUUUAAACAUGCAGACCUCGACGAUGCGUCAAAUGCUACAUGCCGUGCAGCAGUUCACAACGAAUCCUCAGAACUCUGAUAUCAUCCAUAUGAAGACAAUCCUGGCUACCAUAGCAUUGACCCAUGCAGUGAGGAAUUUCUACUACCUUCUCAUCCGCAAAUUCCAGCCCACCCAACAGACGCUGUCCUUCCUGCGAGAGAUAAUCAUCGGGAACGAUCUGGUCCUGCGCAUCAUAGACCAGGUCCAGCAUAUUCACAGGCCCAAGUGGGGCACGCUGGACAUGACUAAACAUAUCGGAAAAUUUGCAACCAGACCCAUCAUGCGUGUCUACAACUACAUGCUUUCCAAGUUCUCCCACAACACGCUGGAAGAAAACGAGGUUGUCAUGACAAUGAUGCAUCACAUAGCUGUAGAUAUCGCCCAACCAGAGGUCCUCUACCAGAUCCCCAUCUUGACGUCUUUUGCAUGUCUGUGGGAAGCUGGAGGUGGACAUAUCACAAAGCAAUCCCAUGAUCUGAUAGACUACAUCAUUCAUGAGUUCUGUGUCCUUGGCAGUGCAAAUAAAGAGAAGUGUUUGGAGACAGUCACAAUGCUCGAUAGCAUUCGUCCUUACAAGAGGAAACACAUCACUGAUGCACUUACAAAGAAUAAGGUUUUGAAGUUGGCAACAGAGUCUAAAGGGUUGUAUGUGCCUCGUGAUGAGAGCGACGAUGAAGAGGAAGAAGUAGAUACUACCAAACUCACCAAACCAAUCCAGGAACUCAGUGUAGAAGAAUGUCUGACGGCACUCAAAUUUAAAGGAUUUGAUGAUGAGAUUGUUGAAUUGCAGAGCAUUCUUCUAGAAAUCUGCUACUUCAAAUUGAAUUGCCCCAAGAUUCAUGUAGGAGAGCCACACAUAUGGCACUGCUGUUCUGAUGGGAAGUCCGUUCCGAUCAUCCCAUUUACUGAGAGUUCAGAGGAAGCUCACCGAGACACUCACUUCAAGACCCUACUUCACAGGCUUGGUCUUCACACUGCACAGGACACCUGUAGGCUUCAUCCAUCCAUACCGGCAUUCUGGACCAGUGAUAUGUGCUAUAAGACAGCUAUCAAGCUAGGAGAUAUUCAAGAAGCUAACCUUAAGUUUGAGUUGGACAAGAUCAAGAAGUUACCGGUGGAAUGCAAGGAGAUGUCUGGUAUGACACACGAGGGCGUCAUGGUUAAUCUAGAAGACCUUGAUCUGGGCAAAGACACCAGUGAGAAACCAAUAGCUAACCCGCCAUACUUCCAAGUCCCUCUUCAGAUGUGGUGCAAUGUGAUCAAGAGAGCAAAUAGAGUGGUCUAAUGAUAUCAGAGGAAAGCUUGUCAAGGUCAUGUUACCAGGCUCUUGAUCAUCAUUAGUAUGGGCUUCGCUAUAGCCAAGUCUCUUGGAUAGGCCGUAGAGCCUUAGGGCUCAUAACAGAUGAAUGCCUCGUUGAAAAGCCAGCUAACUCUGAACAUCAGAACCUCAUUAGUAUGUGCUUCGCUAUAGCCUGGUCUAUUGGAUAGGCUGUUGAGUUGUUGGGCUUUUAACAUUGGAAUGAAUGGCUUGUUGAGUGUCCA